ACUUUGGAAGGUGAGAUUCCUUUCAUCUGACCUCAGCCCAAACUGUCACGUGCACGCCAGAGACGAGGUCAUUGUGCCUCGAUCCCUCUUUCCCUGUUCGUGCGCAGUGACGUGCGUUUGUUUUGGGCAUGGUGUAAGAAGUAGCUUGUGGUUUUGGGCCAGGCUCUCCUCGGAGGAAAAGGGCUACGCACCGAAGUAGACAGCGGCGAUUUCAGCGACAGUAGCGGUGUAGUCUAUGACGUCAGAAACACAGUUUGGCCAGUAAAAAGUAAUAAGUUGGGAACACGCAACCAAGCUUUAAAAUUCAUUUUCAGGAACGUUAUGACUUGCAGCCAUAUUAUUUGGCACAGAUAAUCAGAGUGCCAAAUAGAACGCAUACUCGAAAUUUUAUUAGGAUUAGUGUUGAUCCAAAAAUCGCCAGAGUUGCCCUGGAAGCACAAGCAUUAUCAACCGCGUGCCAUAUAACGCGGCUGUGGACUGGCCGAAGAUGCGCGCAAAAAAAAAUCACGAAAGGCAAUACCGGAUGCCGAAAAGGCUGACUUCUAUUGCUCUAGAAUCUGAUACUAAAAAGGGGCGAAAAAAGAAGAAAAUUAUACUAAAAGGUCAUCACACAUGUUGGGAGAUUCAAGGUGUACGAUGACAUUUUGCUUUUGGUUCGGGUGAUGACUCAAGGUGUGUAACGGGCUUGAUCUGUCGUCUGUUAAGCUGCUACAUCGCCUCGUGCAAUGAGUAGCAGCAUAGCAGAUGACCGAGCGAGCUGGAGCAAGUGCCAAAAACGUCGCCAUGUUCUGUUCUCAAGUACGUGAUCACCUUCUGCAUCCGUCACAGAACAUGAACCUCCUGGAGAACGAAGCCGAAAAUUUUAUUAUAGAAAAGCUCUCAUUGUAAAUUAUUUAAGAUGUUCUGAGACUUGUCAGCAUUUGAAUGCGAUUAGCAUUCCUUGGGAACUUUGAAGUAUGCAUGUGACCUCUUUCAUCCAGUGACCCGAGUUGUCUACUAGCUUGGACCGCUGAGUAUACGUGCUGGUUGUUAUCCUGUUCCCUAGUGAAAUGGCACAACCCACUUUGGGGGAUCGGCCAUGAAUCGGGCGGUGAAGGAACUGUUAGCAUUUUUUUCUGAAUAAAUGAGGGUGAAAUGAAAUAACUAUCUUGUAAUUGGGACUUAAAGUGUGUACUGUUACAGGUAUGAAUAAUCAAUUAUCUAGAUGUAUGUGUGAAUUUUGUAAACAUCAUAAGAAUUUCGAAGAAUUCUAACAUGCAGUUCGUUUUGUCCCACGCAGAAAGAUGCAGUGGGCUUCACAAACGUCCCUCUGGCUGUAACCCAGUACGGUAGCCCCAAAGAGUCAAAUUCAAGCCAAGCUUUUGGAGGUUGCUUUCUUGCCGAGCAGACAUGGGCCACUCGGUAUGUGCCCGAAUAGUCAAGGCAAGGCAAGACAAGAAUAGACAAGAGAAGACAAGAAUGGACAGGCUGUUGUCUGACCUAGUCAACAACUUGGGCCACUGGGUAUCUACCCACUUUUGACCAAUCCCUCAGAAUGGAUGUGCCAACGUAACACAGUGGGUAUCUACGUAGCUUUAAAUAUAUACUAGCGAUAGCACUCCAUCCACAACAGAGACAAAACACUAAAAUUCAAGAAUGUUGUGUCAGUAGUCUUUUACUGUUGCUACAUUCACCUUCCUUUCUUUUUCGCUUGUUCUUGAAUAUGGCUGGUAAACAUGCGUCCUCUCUUUGAGAAACACGUGACCGCCUCUUCGCGGAGUUGUGAAGACGAAGACGCCGAGAAUGCGGUGUGUCGUUCUGCUGCAGCUGGCGGUAGCAGUCCUCCUGCUGCUGCUGCCUGGGCAGUCAGAGGCGGCCGCCGAGGGUCGAGGACGCCGGGUCGUCCGCUACCGGUGCCAGUACCUCCGCACCCAAAACAACACCAAGAUUGUGUGCAGCCCAGUCGAGGUGCACCAGCAGCAGCAGCCUGGCGACUCCGCCUCCGCAUCCAUGCAGCCGGAGGCUUUCAACGGCCAGCGCGUUCACAGGGGCCCCGCGUGCAGCAAGCUGCAUCAGCUCGCGGAGCGGCUGGCGGCGUUCGAAGAAGGCGCCUGGAAGUACUGCGACCCCACCAGCUGCAUGCGAGAGAGCCCUCACUGCACGAACAGCGUGCUGAGCACCGAGUGCAGCCAGUGCCUGGGCCGCUGCUGGAUCAUGUACGCCUUUCCGGGCGCCCGCGUGGGUCAGCACGCCAAAGACUUCCCUUGCGAUCCACUGGCAUGCGGUGGAGCGCAGGUUUUCUGUGGCGGAUACAAGUUUAAAAACGACUAGCUAGCCCGAUGUUAUACCCCAGGAUUGGCAAAGCCUGCUGCAUCGAUGUCUGUGAACCUCGGCAAGUUUUCUUGGUGGAGUCUCACGUGCCUGCAGUCUCUAAUGGCGGAUGGACCUUGAAGCAUUCACGCGUCGGCUUUGACGGUGAACUGUGAGAGUCGUCACGAGGAACUUCUCUGUGCAUGUUCCGACGUGCAGCCGCCUAAAUUUUUUUGUGAACUCUAUUUUCGUUAGAACACGCACUUACUUAGUACGACUGGGUAAAGCGACAAAAGUUUGUCAUGUUGUCCCGAGGGGGAAUACAGCCCGAUACGCUUUUCACAUAGCUGA